AUGGCCAUUCCAGUCGCUCUUUUUAAUUUUGUGCUUUUCUCUUGCUCGCAGAUUCCCCGGAAUAAUGUUGCAACAGUUCAGCUGGGUGCCACCGUCCUCGAGGGUGUCAGCCGUCUUCGAAACUCCCUCAUCGACGGGGACGUUCUGGUCUACAACCUCAACUACGGCUUCACCUGCCACCAAUUGGGCAACGGCUGCAUCGCAGUUCAACUCUCCCAACCCUUCCUCGUCUCCUCGAUGCGGUCAGUGCCCAACAUCAGCAGUAGCCCCCCAACCCGCUUAGUCGCCCUCACCUUUUUGGGAUUAGUGCAUUCUGAUUGGUUUACAAACGUUAAGAAUGCUGAUCUUGUUUGCGGUAAAUGGAUUACGGCGACGUGA